UUUGCUGAAAUCAAAACAGGGACGAUAAUAGGUGAGCGCCAGCCAAUGAGAUUGUCCUUUGCGCAUUAGUUCCGCCCACUACCAGAGAAACCGGCAGUUCUUAAAAGCUGAAGAAUUCCAAAGGAACUCCGUUAUUUUGACAGGAAAAUACAACAAAGAAUAUCGUUUACAUGUAGCGCGUCAAUUCUGCAUGUUAUGAAAGACUCUCUUGCUCUGUAUCUUUCUUUGCGUGCGUGUAUGUGAGAGAAAGCGACGGCGAGCUGUGCGCCUUCACACUAGAGUUUAUGGGACCAAGCAACUCAUUCAGCGCACGCUUUUAGACCAGAUUUUGUGUGAGCAGAUACUCCUGAAGAAUGAGGAUCCUGAUGUCUCUGUUGCUGCUCCGCUCUAUUCAGCUGACUUCAUGUGCUCCUAACGCACUUGAAGCACGAUCAACAUGCUGUUUCCAGUUUUAUAAAAAGAAAAUUCCUCUGAAACUGGUGGUGUCUUUUUACCGGACCGAAAGCAACUGUCCCAUGUCAGCUAUUGUGUUUCGGACAGCUGCUGGAAGGGAGUUCUGUAUGAAUCCAAACACCAGCUGGGUGAACAGCCAUAUUGCAAAAGUGAACAGCAGAACAACAACAGCUACUACAGCGAAGACUCUAAGCACUACAGUAUAAAUACUGUAUCUUGUUCAGUAUUUAAUGGGGAAAAUGUUCAUAAUUAUUACUCUAUUUCUGUAGAUAGAUCAUUUAUCAUGCUUUUAUUAGAAUAAAUGUUAUUAAUAUUUCAUUUGUUUAAAUUACAU